AGUCAAAAGGAGACUGCUUUACCACUUGUUCGUCUUGCCUCCUCGAUCCUCCUGCCUCUUUUUGGCUCUCUCGAUCAUCAGUUUCAGACUUUGAGAUUGUUUUGCUCAGUGAUUGAAAUGGGGAUCGUUUCUCAGGAGGCGAUCAAGCAAUUCCAAGCUUUGAUGGAUCAAGUUGAUGAACCCCUCAAGAUAACAUUUCAGAAUGUGCACCAAGGAUAUCUAGUUGAGACUUUUGGGCGUUUUCUCAGAGCAAGAGAGUGGAAUGUUGUCAAAGCCCAUAAAAUGUUGAUAGAUUGUUUAAACUGGAGGGUGCAAAAUGAGAUUGACAAUAUAUUGGCUAAACCCAUACUUCCAAUUGAAUUGUACAGAGGAGUGCGAGACUCACAGCUCAUAGGCCUUUCAGGUUACUCUAGAGAGGGUAUGCCAGUCUUUGCUAUUGGGGUUGGGUUAAGUACAUUUGAUAAAGCGUCAGUUCACUACUAUGUGCAGUCACACAUUCAAAUCAAUGAAUAUCGAGAUCGUGUUAUUUUGCCUUCUGCGUCGAAGAAGUAUGGUAAGCCUAUUACCACGUGUGUGAAAGUUUUAGAUAUGACUGGCUUGAAGCUUUCAGCACUAAGCCACAUUAAGUUGUUGACAAUUAUAUCAACAGUUGAUGAUUUGAAUUACCCAGAGAAGACAAGUACGUACUACAUUGUAAAUGUGCCUUACAUAUUCUCAGCUUGUUGGAAGGUUGUCAAGCCCCUUUUGCAGGAGAGGACAAGGAGAAAAGUACAAGUAUUGUCUGGUUGUGGUACAGAUGAGUUGUUGAAGAUAAUGGAUUAUGAAUCUCUUCCUCGUUUCUGUAAAAGAGAAGGUUCUGGAUCGUCUCGAUCACAGAAUGGAAGCGACAAUUGCUUCUCCUUGGAUCACCAUUUUCAUCAACAGCUCUACGACUACAUCAAGCAGCAAUCUUUCAUCAAUGAAUCUGUUCAACCCAUCAAGCAGGGUUCUUUUCAUGUGGACGUACCUGAGCCUGCUGCAGAAGGAACACAGAUUGCCAAAACAAUAGAAUAUGAGUUCAACAAAUUUGGUAACGGCAAUGGGGUAUCUGACUCAUUUGGUGACCUUAAAAUCAAUGGUGACUGAACCGCACACCGUGGUACUUUGCAGUGUCAUAACUAGCCCAUUCAUGGUUGCUCUGUUUAAAAGAUGCUCAACAUGGAAUCUUGCUCUAUUGGUACUACAAUUGCAGCUCUGCACACUAAUUGGUUGUAAUGGCAGUUACUUGAAUUUCAUCCAAGUAAAUUCCACAAGGGAAAGGGAAAGCAAACUCAAUGUAUGUGAUCUGACAUGUAGCUGGAUAAUCGGUAGCCAGUACGUGUUGUAGUGCAGCCGAUACUUAUCAUUUUUAUUCACAGUUGUAAAUUAUGUAGUAAUUGCACAGAUAAACCUGUUAUAAUUUAUUAGCAAUUCCAUCUGAGUAAGGGUUGUUUUUCUUUUAUUUUUCUGGGCUUUAGCUUUUGGUGGGAGAAGUUGUUUUUCUAAUUAUAUUU